GUAUGCUAAUUAAAGAACACUGAGGCUUAUAUGUGCACUAGAAAAAUGCGACUUGGAGAAGAGCGAUAGAAGUGUAAAAGUUAGCACCUCUGAGGUACAAAGCGCAAAUAUACAAAUAUAAUACCAGCACCCGUCUAUGCCUGCUCCUCCUCUUAAUUACCCCCAACUAUUGGUCUAGACCUAGAACCCUAAUCUUAACCUACAAUUUUGGGUCACUCUUCCACAAUGUGACCUUAUGCUUGCUGGUGUGGUUUACCACACCAGCACCAUUUCUAUUACUCAGCAACCAAUGAGUAUUUGCAACUAGUUUCAUAUAUUUAAGCGAUGAAACUGCCAUGUAAGUGACACCAUUAAAACGCACUGCCCACCAUUCCUGUGGUCACCGUGCUAAGACUUAGCAUUUGUUGCGAAAGCUUAUUCGCCGCCCAAUAUGGAAUGUAUUUCCGGUGCCUUCUGAUUCUUAAAUACUGUGUUUUCUGUAGAAUUUGUAUACCCAUAGUGAAAUGAGCUACGACGUACUACGGAUUGACCCCAGCGAAAGGGUGUCUCUCAAGGUACGGAAGUUGAGUGUGGCCGUCAAGCUUAGGAAACGCCAGGCGAAAGACGUGGAGCUGAUGGUCGGCGAUGAGGUGGGUUCCAGCCACAUUCUUCAGAACAUCUCUUUUGACUUGCCUCAAAAUGAAAUGAUGGCCAUUAUGGGCGGAUCUGGUAGUGGUAAGACCACGCUCCUUAAUACCUUGUCACAGCGGUUGAAUGUCACCAACAAGAAGUUGGAGUUUUCCGGUUCGGUCAAUUUCUACAAACGUGAGCACUUGGUUGAGCCUCAUCACCAUAUCAGAAAUUCGUAUCUUCUUCAGGACGACUUUUUUGCACCGGGACUCACUACGUGGGAAUUCUUGAAGUUCCAAGCAGACCUUCAACUCAACAAGACUUCAAAACAGCAGAAGGCGGACCUUAUAAACCAGCUUUUGGAGAUUCUUGAGAUUCUGCACCUCAAGCAUAAGGUAAUAUCGACCUUCACCAGCCACAUAAACUUCUCGGGGGGUGAACGCCGGCGAGUCUCGAUCGCAGCCCAGCUUUUGAAACGCCCGUCGGUUUUGUUUUUGGAUGAGCCCACCACCGGCUUGGAUACCAGCUCCUCCUUGAAGUUGAUCCAGGUGCUCCGGCAAUUGAGUUCUUCAACCCUAGGCGUGACGGUGGUGUUGUCGAUUCACCAGCCACGGCCAGAGAUCUUGGAACUCUUUGACAAGAUAUGUUUGUUGACACGAGGAGGACGGUUGGUGUAUUACGGGAGUUUGGCAUACUCUUAUGACUACUUCAUGAAACUCAAUUUGCUUUCCACUGCCAGCCAGGCCCAGCCAUCGGCUUACAUAGACAGGAUCAUGGCUCUCUCCGUGAAGGACUCGUCGUCCAGAGAGAAUGAGCUUAAAACCGCUCAGAAAAUAGCCCAGUUGGUAGAAUGCUGGUCUGACGAGCACCUCGAACCAGUGUCCCCGGUGGACUUUGGCACCAACUUGAAGGUGUUUGAAACCCCUCGAAACAUGAAGAUUUCUCUUGUUUCAGAGAUCUGGGUAUUGACCAAACGGACCUUUAUCAUGACCUACAGAGACCACUACGGUCUCGGAUCAAUGGUAGGAAUCUCCUUGACGAUGGCAACUAUUUGCGGGUGGAUCUUCUACAAGCCACACCCCGACUUGGCGGGAAUUCGGUCCUACACAUCGAGUUUGUACGUGAUGAUGGAGAUCUUGGGGUUUUUACCGUUGUUUAUCGAAAUCGAACGGCUUUGGGAGUACGACGGCCUUCUUUUCUUCAGGGAAUAUACCGAGAACCAGGUGAGCAUUAUUGGGUUCAUAGUGUCUCGAAAGCUUGGGAAGUUGCUUCUAGAGGAUACAACCAUCUGCUUGGGGUUUGGGUUCAUCAGCUACUUUAUGUUUGGCUUGAGACUCAGCGUCGAGCUAGGAGGUGCAACCACAUUGCAUUAUUUCUGGAACUAUUUGGCGGUGACAGUGUUGAUUUACCUCUGUGGCAUGAGCUCGGCCUUGGCCUUCUUUGCUAUUUCGUCACUGUUCCCCAUUUGUGCCAUAUACCAGAAUGUGUUUUACCAGUUGCAAAAUAGUGCCUGCGGAUACUUUAUCAACGCAGCCACCAUGCCAGUGUACGUACGAUGGACCAAGUACAUUUGCUAUUUCUGGUACGGGUUCGGGGCCUUGACGUCCAACCAGUACACCAAUUGGGAAGGAGCCUGUCCGUAUGACGAUGAAGCCAGAUGCCGCGAGUAUACCGGCAGGUACCAGCUUGAUGUGCUUGGAUUUCCCGAAAACUGGAUAGCGGUUCCUAUCUCGAUCUUGGUGGCCUGGUAUUGGGGGUUCAAUGUUCUAGCGGCCAUCGGCUUCAAGUUCCGGAACUACGACGUGUCCAUGGCCAAGCAGAAGCAGAAUACCAUUGGCGAUGAGGAGGAAACUCACACAACCACAUUUUCUGAAAAGGACGUGGCCCCAACUCCCACCCAUGACUUGGACAAUGAAGAACGACAGGACGUCAACCUCCAGUUGGACGGAAUUGUGCUCGACGCGCUUCUGCCGGUGUUGGCAUUGAAGAAGCAACAGCCGUACCGCAUUCUCGACACCAUCACCGCCAAUUUUGACCACAACUGCGUCAACGUGAUCAUGGGACCCUCCGGCAGCGGUAAGACGUCUUUGCUAAACUUUAUUUCCAACCGGCUUAGCAAGUCUCUGCGAUUCCAGGUGCAGGGGUCCAUAAAGCUCAAUGGAGUGCAAACCAUCACCUCUUCACAGCUUUCCAAAAUCUCCGGGUAUGUGACACAAUACGAUAGCUCGUUGAUUCCUCACUUGACGGUGCGAGAAACCUUCUACUACCAGGCCCGGUUGCGGUUGCCGGCACCGCAGCACUCGAGAAUCCCGGUGGUUAUAAACACUCUUAUUCGGCAAAUGGGGCUCGUUGACUGCGCAGACACCCUUAUUGGGAACGAGUUUUUGAAAGGAGUAUCGGGAGGGGAACGGCGGCGGGUUUCCAUUGGCAUUCAAUUGCUCAGCCGGCCCAAAGUGUUGUUUCUUGAUGAACCCACGUCGGGAUUGGACUCCACCACCUCAGUGUCGAUAUUGAACUUGUUGCAAAAUCUCACGCGCGAGCACGGUACCACGAUCAUCACCACCAUCCACCAGCCCAGUGAGGCCAUUUUCGCGCAGUUUGGGUCGCUCUUGCUCUUGGGCAGGGGUGGCCACGUAAUAUACACCGGCGCCAGCCUGGGCGCAGAGGCGUACUUGCAGACAGUUGGGUUUCACAAGCCCGCUGGUGUCAAUACCGCCGACUACAUCUUGGACCUCGUGUCCCAUGGCAUUGACGAGGACAAAGAAACUGCUUCCUUAAGAAUCACAAAGUUGGUGCAAGAAUGGCAAGUGCGCGCAGAAGUGGAUUUUGCAGCCGGUGCGAUGGUGGAUGUCAAAAGGCUCAGAAAAUUGCAGCUACCCCUAAGAACUCGAUUCAGGGCCAUUUUUGCCCGACAGCUCUUGAGCUCGUUCCGGUCACGGGAUGCGUUGUUCUCUCGGUCAUUUCAGGUGGUGGCCCUAGCGGUGGUACAUACUCUCUUCUUUGCCCCUUUGAAAAACACCAAGGAAGGCAUCGAUAACAGGCUUGGACUCAUUCAGGAAGUGUUGAACUUCUACUUUAUCGGCUUGAUCAACAACUUUUCGAUCUUCCCAAUCGAACGGGACAUUUUCUUUCUGGAGUACCGAGAUGGCAUCUACAAUAAUCUCGAGUUCCAGGUGGUGUAUUUGGUGAUUGAGAGUGCGGUCGAACUCAUCACCUGUGUUAUUUUCAGUGCGUUGAUUGUGUUUGUGGUGGGGCUCCCACGGACGCCUGCAACGUUCUUUGGGAUGCUUCUCACGUGCUUUGCCAGCAUCAAUGUGGGCGAGUCGCUUGGAAUCAUUGUGAACUGUGUGUUGGCGCACGUAGGCCUCGCAAUGAACAUUCUCUCGAGUAUCAUCAUCUUGGCGGUAUUUAUGGGCGGCACUAUGGCGUUAUACAUGCCGCAGUUUUUCCGGGCGUGGAACUAUAUCAACCCAUUGAAGUACGGAGUUGGUAUUUGUGCCGAGUUGAGUUUCAGAGGAUUGCACUUUCGAUGCGACGAAGGAUGCCUGCUCAGCUCAGGUGACGCCGUGCUUGAUUACUACGGCUUGGCCAAUCACUUGCCCACAUCGGUGGGAGCACUUGUGGGGUGCCUCGUGGUGUACCGAUUACUAGCGGUGAUGGCGUGUGAAGUGAAGAUUAGAAAGUUUCUUUAGGUGUGUAUUUUAACAAAAUCACAGAUACCCCAA